AUGUCCUUGUUAUUCGUUUCUGUUCUUCUCAUUGAGCUUUUCGGCUUUGUUAAACCGGAUGCUGUUCAAGAUCAGGCCGCUCCCGAGAACAUUGUACUCCCAGACCCGUUAGUUCCGGGUUUAUACGUCUUCGGAGACUCCCAGGUUGAUUCUGGCCUCAAUACCCAUCUACAUACAUUAAUGACCGCAAUGUAUAAGCCUUACGGCAUAGAUUUUAGCAUUGGUGCCACCGGCAGGUUCAGCAAUGGCGCCAUCAUUACGGAUUUCCUAGGCCAUGAUCUUCAGCUACCAACUACGCUUUCUUACGGGGUUUACAGGUCCCUAGAUAAGGUAGUCAGAUCAGGUUUCAGUUAUGCAUCUGCGUCUGCCGGCAUUCUUCACAAAACUGGACUUGAACUAGGGGAAAAUUGGAGCAUGGGGAAACAAAUUGCCAUGUUUAACAAGACAGUCCAAGAAAACUUGAGAAGAAACUACAACAGCACAGAGCUCCCUAAAUACUUGUCGGAGUGUAUCUUCUUAGUUUUCAUCGGCACCAGCGACUAUGAAACCAAUUAUAUUGAAGUUUAUUACAACACUAGUAAGAAAUAUACAUCUGAACAAUUUGGCAGUCUCCUUGUGAUGCAAUUAGGGUAUCAAUUGAAGGCUCUGUAUAGAUUGGGAGCCAGGAGGAUUGUAGUGUUUGAAAUAGGCCCUAUCGGCUGUUAUCCAGCUUCACUGAAAGUUUUCGUGCCACGGACUAAAUGCGCUGAGCACAUUAACGAUAUGGUAGCGAUUUUCAAUAGGAAGCUCCACAGAAAGAUUGAAGCAUUGAGGUCACAACUUAAAGACGCAACCAUACUUGUAGCGGAGAUGUAUGGGCUUAUCAAGGACAUGAUAGAGAGGCCUUCAUCAUAUGGAUUUACAGAUGCUAGGAACAGUUGUUGUCAAGUGGGAAGUGGUGGAAUAGGGUUAUGCGUGCCGGAAACAGAUGUGUGCCCAAAUAGACAAGCAAAUCUAUUUUGGGAUGAUCUUCAUCUCACUGAGGCAGCAAAUGCGAUUAUUGCGGGCAAAUGCUUUACUGAUUCCGAUUUCUGUGUUUCGACUGCCGGAAUAUUGCUAGGGCAAUCACCCUCAGAAAAUGUUCUCUCUUUUGAUGUGAAUGUGGUGACUGGUGAGUGGCCAUCAUAUGAACUCCCAACACCUCAAGAGCUAGCAUCAUUGUAUUUAUUAAGCCUAUUUUCUCAUAUAAAAAGCUUGAAAGGGUUUUGCAAGGGCUAA